GAGGAAUUGGAGACAGCUCUUUGGGAAUAAUUGGGUUUCCCAUAGUAUACAACUUUAGUGACUCUCAUCCUUUUUCACUUUGCUCACAACCCUUCUGGACUUUUCUGCAAAUUCUUCUCCUUUUCUCUGUUAUUGUAUCAGCUACUGUAAUUGUAAUCCCAGGAAACCCAGUUCAUUAGUGGAUUAAACAAUGGUAGGCUGUGAACUUUCUGAAAAGACAAAGAAAACAGAUUGGCUUAAUACCCUUUUGCACAGCAAGUUCUUUGGUUCCUGUGGUGUUCAUCAAGAUCUUCGCAAAAACGAGAAGAAUGUGUUUUGCAUUGACUGUAGUCUCCGGCUCUGUAGGCACUGUAUGAAAGCUCAUUGUCUCCAUACAAAGCUUCAAAUCUGCAAAUAUGUAUAUCAUGAUGUACUUCGCCUUCAAGAAAUUCAGAAGCAUGUUGAUUGUGCUAGAAUUCAGACAUAUAAAAUCAAUGGUGACAAAGCUGUGCAUCUAAAUCCUCGUCCAAUGUCCAAGGAUGCCAAACCAUCAACAAAAGCAAAGUUUGGUUCUGCUUGUGAUGUUUGUGGUAGAUAUCUACAAGACAUGCCAAAUCGCUUCUGCUCCAUUGCUUGUAAGGCCUCUGUAGAAUCAGUGAAGCCUAAACACCAAAGUCACGAAUUCAUCGCCUUUGGAAUUCCAGAAUGUGGUGGCUAUUCACCUCAAGGGAAUAACAAUUCGGAAACAUAUAUGAGUGAAAUGGAAUCCUCUAUCUCGUCUGAGGAGAUGAAUGCUUGGGUAAGUUCAGCACUGAAGCCAAGGAGGCAUUUGCACAAGAGGAAAGGCAUCCCGCACAGGUCUCCUUUAUGUUGAUCCCCAAAUGAGAUCCAUGAUAUUGUCUUUGCCUGCCCUUUGAAUUCUUGGUUUAUAUCCAACAAUUAAAACCAUAAAACCACAGCUACUGUAUCAUCUAAGUUCCCACAUUUUCUCAUAUAAGUGUUUGAAGUUGUACAGCA